GGUAAUCAAAAACCAGAAAAAGUCCGAGGAACUUUCAUGGCACAAGGAAUCCGAGGAGGCCUCCAACCCUGGCCUGAGGACUGCUAAGUUUCUGUGUUUGUGAUGACACCGGACCCAGUAAGGACAUGAGGAUGGACAAAGGGGACAGGAGAGGCAUGAAGAUGGACACUGGACACAGUGAGGACAUGAGGAUGGACAAAGGGGACAGGAGAGGCAUGAAGAUGGACACUGGACACAGUGAGGACAUGAGGAUGGACAAAGGGGACAGGAGAGGCAUGAAGAUGGGCACUGGACCCAGUGAGGACAUGAGGAUGGACAAAGGGGACAGGAGAGGCAUGAAGAUGGGCACUGGACCCAGUGAGGACAUGAGGAUGGACAAAGGGGACAGGAGAGGCAUGAAGAUGGGCACUGGACCCGGUGAGGACAUGAGGAUGUGCAAUGGACAUUGUAACGAUGUGAGGAUGGACACUGGGCAAAGUGAUUUGAGGAUGGAAAAUGGACAUGGUGCCAGUCUGAAGAUGGACAUUUGUCAUAGUGAGGACAUGAAGCUGGACGAUGGAGACAUACACAGGAUGGACUCAGUAAGGAUGAGAGGAAAUGGAUCUGGAACUUGAAGGAGUCAGAGAGUCGGUAGCUAAAAAGUUCGGGGAAAGGAGUACGUGCGAUAAAGUUGUGUCAGAGGGAGGAACUUCUCUGGUUCCCCCAUUCAGUAGCAUCUUUUUGGCACCCUGGGACGUGGCAUCAAGUACCCAACUUCUUCGCCAAGGAGCUGGUAUUUGGAGGUGACAUUUGACACAAAC